UGAGUGUCGAACUCUGCUCGGGAAUACAUUACUGUAUCGCCGAGUGUACACACAAACACACACUUAUAUAUUAUAUAUACAAACAUAUUGUAUAAGUUGGGGAUGUCGAAUUGAAUACGAUUUGACGACUACAACGCAAUUAUGGCAGAUUUUGACGCGAUUUACGAAGAGGAAGAAGAACUAGCCGAGGCGAAUCCCGAAGAACAACAAGAACCCUACGUCGCGAUGGUGCCUGAACCCAUCCUCAUCCGCGGCGCUGGCAAUAUGACUGUAUUUGGCCUGAGCAAUAGAUUUGAAUCAGAAUUUCCAAGUGGUUUGGUAUCCAGAGUUGCACCAGAAGAGUUCAAAGCAACAGUGAUGCGUAUAAACAGUGUUUUGAAAAAGACACUACCUGUAAAUGUCAAAUGGUUGUUUUGUGGCUGUGUAUGUUGCUGUUGUACGUUAGGAUGCUCUCUGUGGCCAGUCAUUUGCCUCAGUAAAAGAACUCAACAUUCACUGAAUAAACUGCUGGAAUGGGAGAACAGUAGACUAUAUCACAAGCUGGGAUUACACUGGAGGCUGGCGAAACAAAGGUGUGACAGCUCUUCAAUGAUGGAAUAUGUACUUUUAAUUGAAUUUGUUCCCAAGCAACAGAUAUAUAAGCCAGACUAAAAAGAGGCUAUAAAUUUUUUUUAAGAAUUUUUCAGCAAAUGCUUAUAUAAGAUAUUAUGAUGUUUUGUGCAUUGACGAUUGCACAUACAAAAGAGACUAUGUCAAUGUUUGUGUUUAUUACUCUUAGUGUGCAUUUGGCGAUAUAAAUAGUUGUAUAGAGCGUAUAUUUUUGUAAAUAUUAUAUAUAACCAAGUAUAGUACAAUAAUUUUAUGUAGAAAUAUAGUUAUAAUAUAUGUUUUCAUCUAAUUAACAAUAUAAAAUUUAUAGCAAUUAGUAUACCAAUUUUUUUUUAUCAUCACAGAGUUGUAAUUAAUUUAGAUGCAACAAAAAAUUGUUCACUUUUUACUUAAUAAUCUAAUAUAAUUAUUAGUUUAUUUCAAAUUCUAUUAAAGGAAUUUAUCAUCAUAAUUGGUAUACUUAUUUAUCGUAGUUACUUUUAAUUCACUUUAGAGGUACUUGUGAUGAUGCAAGUAGAAAUUACAUAUAAUAGUGCAAAUAGAAAUCACACAAUUAAAAUCAAAAGCUUUUAACUAAUGAUUAUUCGGUUCCAUCAUAUAGAAAUUAUACAUUUUCAAUUAAAAAACAAGCAUAAGAAAUAUUGUACAUAUGUAAACAGAACUAAAAUUAUAGUCUUUGGUUGGUCAUAUAUACUUACCACGAUGAUAUUAAAAUAACGAUAUAUCAUUGUGUACUAAUUUAACAAUGUAUCAAUUAUUGUUUAUGCAUAUUUUAUUUUCAGUACCAUAUUUAACGAUAGAACAAUAAUACAUGCCCGAACAUCGAAGUUAAAUUCAAUUUUUUGUAAAAUUCAACUACAUAUCCUUCGUUAAUUUUACCGUCGAAACAAGAUGUCACAGUGAAAGAAAUAAGUUACUAUUUUUACGUGAUAUCUACAAGGCUACAAUAAUUUUUUUGUUAUUACAACUCGGAGCUUUAUUUCACAUUUAAUGUGAUUGCUCAGUGUCUAAUUCCGGAAACUAAUUCUAUUUUUUCUUGUGAUCAAAUAUGGACACCAAUUUAGAAAAUAGAGAUUACUGUUAUCACAAAAUUAUUGUAUCUGGUCCGCAGUUAUGGAAUUCCAUUCGUCAAAAAAGAGUUUGAAAUAAAAAAAUCCAUUUUCUAACAAAAGGGACUGUGAUGAGAGUAGAAGACUAGUGAUUCUCGAUCAUUUUAUCCAAAAAAAAUGGAGUUAAAUUUCAAUUAAUUAUAAAUAUUUAAAAUCCACAAACAAGUUACUCUUAUCAAGAUGCUUAUUUGAUUAAAAUUCUCUGAAAACAAAAUAUUUAACUGAUUAUUUUUUUUUGAAAUAAUAAGAAAAUUUACAAAAACGAGAUUGUACUAUAACCUGAGAUUAAACAAUCACUUGGAAUGUAAAUCGAAGAUCAAUUCUUUAAAAUCAUUAAAUAGAAAAAAUGUUUAGCACAAAUAUAAGAAUGCUUGAAAGCUUGCAAAUUAAAACAGCAAUUUAGUAGAUGAGAAUUCCGAAACACGGAACGUAGUUUCGAUUAUAAAAUACCAAACAUCAAAUAAAGAGAUAUUUAUUAACGUUUUUUAGUGCAAAUUUUUCAAAGCACUGUCACGAGGACUAUUAUUAAACAUUCUCAAAUAUGUAAUUCAAUCGAUUUCAAAAUAAUGUAAACACACUUGUUAUAUAAUCAAUAUUCAAUGCAAAUUUUCAUUAACGGAGAUUUACCAAAAUAGACAAUGGAUAAAGAAGAAAAAUCACGUUAGCACAACACAACUGUUAGAGAAAAACGAAAAAAAAAAUCAACAAUAAAAUUACAAAGUUUUGUAUAGAUUUAGACGAGAGAAGCGAUUAUAUCGAAGGAAUCAUUUUGCGUAAAAACAUCACACGUAAAGAUAAUCCCUGUUUUUUACUCGUUCAACAGCAUUUUUGCCGUCGUAAGUAGUUUUCGCCAUGUGCCUUUCGCUGACUGGAUUAGUGUACUUUUAGCAUUUCUAAGUCAUCGUGCAAAGCGUUUGCUGUGUUAAGACAGUGAUGUAACAAUAUUAAAAAAACAAAAUUAUCAUACUUUUUUUUUUAAUCGAGGAUAACGUUCUACAAUCUACUGUUAUAAUGUAAUUAUUACGUUAUUUAUGUAAUUUUUUGUUAUUAUAAGGCUUAUGUCGAUUUUUGCAUUGUUGAAAAUUUGAUCAACGGUAAUUUGAUGGAUUAAAAAAAUGAAGAGUAUUUCGCGUGAUACAGAUGAAUUUAUCGCAAUCUCAAAAAAUUACUCAUUGACUAUUAUUACAUCGUAAAUUUGAUGGUAAAAAUAAUAUUUAACGGCGUAAGUGUUUUUUGACAAUGCGUAGGUAUGAAGAGAAAUCGGUAAGGCUGCUGGUAACACGAGCUGCUUUUGUUGUACACAAAGCAAAUAAUCCUUAGGUAUAUAGAUAAAAUUGUAACACAUCGAACUAGACUGUAAUAAGGCGGAAGAAUUAUAUAUAUCGAACUGUAAACAGUGCACAUGUAUGUGUUCUGGACAAAUAUACAAAUAAUGUAAAACUAACGUGCAAGGAAAGAUUUAUUAAAUAAUAAUACGUUAUAAA